GUGAACACGUCAGCCGACUUGGCACACGGCAAUGUUCCCACAAACCGCCGUGAAGUGGAGUGACGGUGUAUUCUGUAGACUGGCGUUUACAGCAAAGGAAUUUGCCCCCAGCAAGGCGGUGGACUUUGGCAUAGCAGUGUCUCAGACCCAGCGACCAGAUGGUCCUUAGCCCUGAGGGAGGCAGUGAACCCCAGAGAACAAAGCUACCAGAACAAAGACAGUCACCCAACAGGGAUCUCGUUCAGCCUCCGCUCAGUGUCUCUCUGCCCCACCAACUCCUCCGCAACGCAAGGAUGUCACCGAUUGAAAUGUUCAACUUGGAUAUCCAGCCCGGAACCACUCUCAAGGUCAAAGGCAAGAUUUCCGAGGAAGCUGAGAGAUUUGCCCUGAACCUGGGGAACAGCACAGAUAAUCUCGCUCUGCACUUCAACCCACGCUUUAAUGACCCGGCCGACGGGGAUGUGAUUGUGUGCAACUCCAAGUGUGACGGUAAUUGGGACAGUGAGCACCGUGACACCAACUUCCCCUUCUCCAAGGGCUCCGACUUCAAGUUCUACAUCACCUUCAAGGGGGACAAGUUUGAGAUCAAACUCCAGAACGACCACGUGAUCGAGUUCCCCAACAAGACUCCGCUGGACAAGAUCACCUACCUGACCAUAUACGGCGACGCCAAGCUCGUCUCCGUAAAGUUCGACUGAACCUUUCGCUCCCCGCCUCGCCGAUCAUUGCUGCUCAACAAGGAAAUGGGUUGUUAAUGGCUUUACGGGUGGGUGGGUGUCACGUUCCCACCCCCCCCCCCCCAGUGGGAAACUGAGCCACUCAAAGGAAACAAAGAAUAAAAGUAUUUAAUUGCUGAUAA